AAGGAAAAACCUCCAGCAGAACCGGGCUCAGUAUGAACGGUCAUCUGCCUCGACCGACUGGGGGUUAGAGAAGACAUAUUCAUCUCCGGAGCACAGAACCCCUCUCCUUCCUGAAUUGUAUGACAUCCCUUGGUGGUGUUACUUGUUUGUAACUGUUUCAAACGAUAAUUGUGUACAUUUUCCCCAAGGAUUUAGCAGAGAAGCGGGGGUCAACAAUUCUCUUCCUGAUAUUUCUCCUGAUUUCUUUUACAUUUUACUCAAAGACACGUGGGGAGCUGUGUGUUCAUUGUGUUCCUUAAAAUAACUUUGCAGGUGCACUGCCAAUUAACUUAAAUAAUUUGAAUUUACCAGUCAAAAGGCAGUAGUCUUAGUGUAUGUAGUGAAUAAAAAUUUUUAAGAAAAAAAAAAAGUUCUUUAAAAACUUGAUUCAGUUAGUACAAAGCUUGGUAAUGUUAAUUCACCUCAAAAAGGAGAGGUUUAAUCUCAGUUAAUGUGAGAGAGUGAGAAAAAAAAUUAUGUCUUUUUAUACAAAUAUAUAAAUGUCUGGUUUGGAGUGGAUAUUAGUGUGUAAAAACAUCUAACUUUCUGUGCUUUGAUUUUUAUAAAGCUCAUUGCAACAAUGGCCCGGAGAAGAUCAACCAUGAGUGGAUGCUCAGACAAUACCGACAUGGAUGCUGAUGGUGUGGCAAAAUUAGAGAUUUCUAAACUUCAGAGGCAGAUAAGGAUCAUGGAAAGAGACCAGCGGGCUUAUGAGAUCCAGGCCCGGGAGCAGAUCCGCAAACAAGAACAGGAAAUUGAGAAGCUGAUGAAAGAGCAAGAGGAGCUGCAUCGAGGUCUUGCUGCCCGCAAGAGUUUUUCUCGUCAGCGCCAGGACAGCGAGGACACUCAGAGACUGCAGACUCUGCUAGAGCACAACGACGCACUAGACGGAGAAAUAGAAAACGAGAAGCAACGUCAAAAACAGCUACAGAUGGAGAUCUUGAGUGUGGAGUCGAGGCUGGCAGAGAUGAGAAAAGGCGAGGUCAGUGGUGGUCAUUCGCAGAGCUCAAAGACACAGAAGACGAAGAAGGCCAUGCGUACUCUGGAAACCAAUCUGAACAGAGCAUCCACCCGCUACAGUGAUCUGAUGACCAAAAACAGCCGACUGAAAGAGGAGCUGGACACUCUUUAUCUGGAGCGCGACGAUUUCCAGAAACUGCGAAAUAACCUAACCAAGGAGCUGCAGAGAAUCCGCAAGACCAUCGGGGAAAUGAUAAAGCUGUCCACUGCUGCUUAUAAUGACAGGGAGGAGGCUCUGUCUAAGAUGAGUAUGUUGAGAGAGAAGGCAGCGAAGGACCUCGUUCAUUACAACACCGAGAUAAAAGAGCAGGAGAGGCUUAUUGCACAUGAGUAUAACCUGAAGGACUUUAUGAGCACCAAGUGCAGCGAGGAAAUCGGGCAGUUCGUCGACAAAAAGGCACCGGAACACUUGUCAGAUGUGAAGGAAUCACAGUCUCCUGACAACCUGAAGGAGGUGUUUGAAAAGCUCCAGGUCCUGAUGGGGGAGGAUGACCUGGACCAGCUGGUCAAUAGUUUCAUCCAGGCUGAGGACCGGAACUUGGCUUUACUCAAGUUUGUCAAUGAGCAAAACAGUGAGGCCGAGAAGUUAAAGGAACAGAUCAAUAAGAUCAAAGCAGAGACGGAGACGUUUCAGCGUGAAGGUCUGCAGCGGGAGCAACAGCAUCACUCCGUGUUGAAGGACAUGGAAGAAAAAUUAAAGAAAACCAAAUCUCAAGCAGAGACUUGUGAAAACCAAGCUGGUGCUCUCAGCAAAAUCCUGGAUGGAAUCAAAACAGGGGUGAACAACAUCUUCUCUGAAAUAGGCUGCGACCGCGCAGCAGUGGAGGACAAGCUGGGCUUCUCCUCAGGGAUCACGGAGAACACCAUCAUGUCCUACCUGGAUCUGGUGGAGGAGAAGACCAACGAGCUGCUCGCUGUGCAUGCUUUCCUUAAGUUUAAGGAGGAUGACUUCAGCCCAACAGACCUGGCAAAAAGCCUUCUAGGUCAGAAUCCAGAGUUCCUCAAACGAGACCUAAUGAUGCAGCCAUCUGCCGGCAGUUUGGAGCAUAGCGCCGAAGAGUCUCCAGUCACCGAUGAGGACGAACGGCCCCUUUCGCAGGAGGAACUUCGCAGGAAAAUAAUGAAAAACAGAGCAGAGAGCUCAACCUCCACAAGGAGCAACACAAGCGCCAAAGAGAGAUUACAGGCUUAGCAGCAAACGGCAUAUCCAGGAGGAUGGACCGAUGUUAACGGCAGCAGUCAGCGUCGUGAUUGUCGCCGCUGCUUUUAAUCAAAUACUCAUAAGCCUUUUUCCAAAAAUGACUGUGCUACCUAAAUAUCACACAAAGUAGUUAUGCCCUGACUGGCUAUCAGCAUCUGUUAGAACUGUUGUUAUUCACAAUCUGAAUCCACUUAAGCAAUCUUUACAUUCCCUGUUUCCUGGUGGGACUCUUCCGUCUGAUCUUUCAUUAAAGAUAGCAGCAAAAUUAAAAACAACUGGAGAUUUAACACCUGAUAAACUAUUCUUGCAACUUUUUUUUAAUGACCAUUUGCAAUGUUUAAAUGUGAACAUAGUAGUUUCAAAAUAUUGCAAUGGUUGUGACAUUUUUACAGCUAUUUGCUAUUCACCUGUAUCCUUCAAAUGUUUGGAAGGGUUAAUUUUUCUUUUUAUAUCCAUGGUGUUUUAAAAAAUAAAAGCAUUCUGUUUACUAAUA